GUUUUAAAAUAUAUAUUUAAAUUAUGUUGAUUUUUUAUCAACUUAACAAUAUGUGUUAGAUUGUUUAAGAGAGAAAAAAAUAGUUAAUAAACUAAUAAAUGAAUAGACACAUUAAAACGAUGAAUCAUCUGAAUAUAAGCAGCAGACACUGAGCUUUGGUUGCUAAAUGGGUCAAGCUCCAUGCACUCCAUGUUUGUAGCAAUGUUGUCUGUUAUAAAUUUCAAGUCUCUGAGAUAAUCUUCAUCAAAGUUAUUAUCCCUCCAGGCCAAAGAAGACAUUGUGUAAGUGUUUACAGGCUUAUCAUCAUGACAAGUAACCUAAACUUCCCUAAGUUAGAGGCCGUGUUUAAGGUAAAAACAAAAAAAGAGGGGAGAAGAAAUAAUAAUAAGAAAACAUCUCAGUGUACAACCCAUUAAAUUUACAUUGUUUUUUUUUUUGUUUUUUUUUUUGUGUGUGUGUGUGUGUGUUUGUGUGUAGUCUCUGACCUUUACCAGUUGUGCAAAGCAAAGAAAAUCCAUGCUGAAAGUGUGAUAUAAAGUGCUGUAUGGCUGCCCUGGUCCUUGAUAUAUGUCCUGGCCAUGGGAUUUUACCUUUACUUGGUGAGUUAUAUUAUAUAGUUAAUUAUAUCCAGUUUGCAAGAGCACCUACUUUUUAGCUGUUGGUAGGUUGCAGAUUAUUUACCUACCUUAUCUAUUUAUUCACUAAUGUAUUCAUUCAUCACUUAUUAUAUCUAUCUGUAGACAACCUCUAUCAGUAAGCUCCACAGGUCAGCAGAUACAACAUGAACUCUUGGACACCCAAUUAAUUUUUAGCCUUAGGGAUUUAAUUAUUUUAGUCACCAUAUAAAGUGUUCAUAUGGGAUUUACAUGGCCUCUUCAGAAGCAGUGGACUUUUACCUUUAUGAGUUAGUUCCACACACACUUCCUGGUAGCCAGACAGUCCGUAUUUCUUUCUCAUUGACGCUGGUUCUCAGGCUGAUUCUCAGGUUACUCCUCUUCUGCAGCUCUACUGCAUUUUGUCAGGACUUACGUUUGUGUAUUCUCUCAUGAUCACAACACAUUCACCAGACAUCUGUGUUUUAGCGAGGUUUUUUUCCCAGUUUACAACUGGAACUAUAUACAAACAUCUACAUACUGAAGAGCGACUGCUGAGCUGAAGGAUUGUUGUUUUCAAAGAAGAGCAAAAGGAUCAAUUUGAAGGAUCUCAUGACAAGUUACAGCAACGGAGGAUUCUUCAACCCUGCCUAUCAUGACAGCGAGACUCUGGAAAUUGAUAGAAGGUCUUCCAGCAAAACCAACCACACUAACCCCUAUGCCAGGGAGGACGCAUAUUACUCGUCGACAGGUCAGACCAGGAGCGAUGAUGCCGGGAGAGUACCAUGGGGGGGCUGGCAGGAGGAGAGCUGGAGGGGGAGAGAGAGUAUCCCCAUGGGCCUCAUCUCAACGCGCCCCGGGAGUCCUUCAUGGCAGCAUGACGUCAAUCAUAGUACGUUCCAAAUCCCCCCUGCCUCUCAGUUUGAUCGACCGCCUUCUGUUCUUCCUUCUACAAUGUCAGGUAACAUGACAAUGAGAUGGAGGGGAAUUGCAAUGAGGAGGAUGAGCAUGUUUCCUAACACAGAUCCUGCCCAUCUAGCUUUCACAGAGAACGCCAUCAGGGACGAGAUGGAGGACGAGGAACAGAACCUGGUCAAGGAAUUUGUUGCCCUGUCAACACGAGACCGAAUUCGGGCCAUUCGAGACCUUGCAAUGAGUUUUGAAGAGAAGAAACACAUCAGGAGCCAAGUACUGGCAUUCAAGUCUGCUAAGCAAUCUCGCCAGUUCACAUGUUUUGCAGACUGCUCUGAGAAUGUGUCAUUGUCCUUACGCAGGUGCGGUUACAGCAUUAGGUCAGCCAGGCAGACCCUGGAGCUGUGGCAAGGCAUCAUGAAAGAGAUAGGAGGCAAGUUUGGCACCAGCGUCCUUUCCUAUUUCCUGUUCCUCAAGUGGCUGCUCAUGUUCAACAUUUUCUCCUUCCUGAUCAACUUUGGCUUCAUCACCAUCCCACUGCUUGUUUACGACCCCUCACCAAACAUACCUCCGAAUGUGAGCUUCAGAGGACUGGAGAUACUGACUGGGGCUGGUUACUUCAACUACACUGUCAUGUACUACGGUGGCUACAGCAAUGAAACCCUGAUCGGUCUGGUGGACUACAACAUGCAGUUGGCCUAUUUCUUCACCAUUGCCGUCUACAUGGUGCUGUGUGGAAUUGCACUUAUCUUCAGCAUGGCCAGCUCCUUCAAGGAAAACUAUGUACUAGCAGACACAGUUUCAAACAGUGCAUGGCAGCUUCUGUGCAGCUGGGAUUUUAGUAUUACCAAUGAGAGAGCAGUGAGACAGCGCAAGAACAACCUACGUGUCCAACUCAAGGAGUCUUUGUCAGAGAGGGCCCAGAGGGAGCUGCUAACCCUCUCUGAAAAGCUGAAGCACUUUGGGGUUCAUCUGGGUUCCUGGCUCCUCUCCACCGGUUUGGCUGUUGGCUGUGGAGCUAGCAUCUAUUAUCUCUGCCAAUAUGAACAGCAGCAAACAACAGAUGCUGCCAACUGGUCUCUGCUUCAGGAGGCAGAGACUCUCCUGGUCCCCUUUGUGGUGUCUCUGAUGAACCUGGUUGUGCCGCUCUUCUACUCCCUCUUCAACAAGUUUGAGCACUACUCCAGCCUGGGCAGACAGAUCUACGCUCUGGUAGUCAGAAAUGUGUUACUCAAGAUGUCCAUUCUGGCUGUCUUGUGUUACUACUGGAUGAAUGUGGUGGCUGAGAAGUUUUCGUGUUGGGAGUCCAUGGUGGGACAGGCUUUGUACCGUCUGGUCAUUGUUGAUUUCCUUUUUCUAAUGUUGGGAUCCUUCUUUGGAGAGUUUCUUAGCAAUGUUAUUGGGACGAGAUUGUUACCACGUCUGGGGGUCCCAGAGUUUGACGUAGCUAGAAAUGUUCUUGAACUGAUCUACGCACAGACGCUGGCCUGGAUUGGAAUAUACUUCUCUCCUUUGCUGCCUGCCAUUCAGAUCCUCAAAUUUUUCAUCUUGUUUUACUUAAAGAAGGUCAGCCUGACCCAGAACUGCCAGCCCCCACGGCGGACAGGCAGAGCAGCUCAGAUGCAAACCAUCUUCAUCGCCCUCCUGUUCUUCCCUUUCUUUGUGGGAGCCCUGUCCAUUGUUGCAUACACUGCCUGGAGGCUGACUCCUUCAGAGCAGUGUGGUCCUUUUCGGGGACUCAACAAUACCUUCAGUGUGGUGGGAGUCUGGAUAGAUGACCUGCAGGAGAUCCCUGCCUCUCAGUGGGUUGUAUGGAUCUACCAAAAUGUCAUCAGAAGUGAAAUCUUCUACUUUCUCAUCACACUCAUCAUCAUAGUCAUUAUAUACAUCUUCUGGCAAGUCACUCAGGGCCGCAAGCAGCUAAUUGGUCAACUGAGACAACAGAUUGUUAACGAGGGGAAAGACAAGUCCUUCUUGUUAGAAAAGCUCCAGAACCUCCAGAAAUCUAACACAAAAUACAAACAGAAGAAUCAAAAAAAGCACACAAACCGGCGUUUAGAUGACCACUCCACGGGCGGUCAGUCCAACUCAAACGCCAUGGUUCAGGCCUUACUCGCUCGCCAGCGGCUCGAAGAGGAGGAGGAGAGAGGCAGAGCAGGUGGAGUGCCCGUUCCGUCUGACAUAUCCACCUCCAGCGCUCUGGUUCAAGCCAUGUUGGCCCGUCAGAGAGCUGAUAACCAGGAUGAAGAUUUUUACCAGAUGCCUGUUAAACGCCCGUCAUCCUCCAGCGCACUCGCACAGUCCAUGCAAGCCAGACAAAGAGCAGAGGGGGACGGAGCAGAUGAUACAGAUGACCUGCCAUCUUCUGUGUCUAGUGUUAUGAUGCAAGUCAUGCAAGCCAGGCAGAGAGCUGACGAAGAGGACAAGAUUCAACGGGUCCCACCACAAAACUCAGAACCCGCAGGCUCCAGCGCUCUCAUACAGGCCAUGUUGGCCCGGCAGCAGGCCCAGAAUGAGUAUGAUGACGGUUACUGAACAAAGGGGUCUGACUUCAUCUUACCACGGAGCGAGGAACGGAAAAGAAUAAUAGAAUGGAUUUCUUUAAGAUGACCAAAAUCACACUUGUCAUUUUAUGAUUUGUGUUGCCACCCAUAGAUGGAUUAGUAUCAGGUACAAGUCCAGAACCGGGGGGUGCUUUUUUUCUAAAUUGUAAUACAUUCAGUCCUGCUGUACAUGCAAAAGAACAGAGUACUGAAAUAGGUACUGCAGGAGAGAGUGCAGGUCCACCUCUUCAUGCACCUUUUUAAGGAAUAUAUUUAUGUUUCUAUGAUAAAUAAGUAUAUGAUAGUAUAAGUAGGCCUGAUCUUGUGCCAUUUAUAAUUUAAUUUGCAUCAUAAACACCAGUUGUACUCUAUAUAUAUUCUCUGUGAAAUGUAGAUGAACUCCAGAUGGAAAUAAAAGAAAAAUAAAUAACAAAAUAAAUGAAUUUAUGCAUUUCAUUACCUUGUAACUAAUGGCUUCUGAAACCAAACUAUUAAUGCCAAAAUAAACAACACAAAAUAUA